AUGCUCGCACCCGUUUUGCCACAAACGGGUUCACGCAACGAGGACACCUUAACGACCAAGCAAGAAGAAAUUGCGCCUCUCAGUAAAGGAACAGCCGACGAUGUAUGUCCACCUACCUCGCAUUCCGCACCCAGUGCGACUCCGCAACCCCCAGAUCAGCUUCCUUCUGUUCAACUCGGGGUCCUCGCCGAGAGACUAGCAAAAACAGAGCAUGACCUCAACGAGGAGAUGCGGACACACCAACAGACAAAAUUGGACUUGAAACAGAAACAUCAGGACGCAGUCGAGUUCCGCCGAUCUUGGCUGGACACGGUCAAUGAACUGAACCGAUAUCUGCGUCUGGGUCACGGUCACAACCAACUGACUGAUGAUGACUUGAUACGGCGUGUAACUCAUCUACGGCAAAAGAUAACAACAUUUUCAGCGCAGCACUUCAGCGACGAGCUUCAUGACCCCAAGGCUACGAAAACUGGGCAUGGCCUCUUCAAGGACCACAUGGCAAUAUCGCAGACUGAAUAUGAAGGUUAUAUGCGUUCCGCCAGCCUGCGCGUGAACUUGAUUCAGGCUUUUCUAUGGGCUUUCUUCAGAGACGAGAUAUUUGACCGGCUCUACGAGGAAUCGAAUGACUUUGUUCCGGAUGCACGACAAAGGUGUAGCAUGUGGCGAGCAAACACAUGCAACCUGGUGCUCGACACUAUGAGCUUGCAAGGAGACAAAGCUCACGACUAUCAACAGAAAUGGGUGGAAAGGAUGGUUCAAACUAUCAUCAAGCGCCUAGCCCCAUUCUCUCUAUCCAAACCGGCCACGAUAACAGACAAAUUGCAGGACUUAUUUGAGCUGAGUCUAGAGCUGGACCAAGAAAUUCACAGGCAAGUCGCCAUGGUCACCUGGGACUUUGGUGCGCAACUACCCAGCCCAUUCGACCCGACAUAUAUGAUACUCGAAGCUGGAUCUCAGCAAAAUGACAAUGAGCUGGUCGCGACGCUGGCACUCGCACCAGGUCUCUACAGGCGUGGCCGAGCGUCAGGGGACCGGUUUGAUGAGAUAACUACACUCCUAAACAUGGUGGUCUCUUGUGAGCGUCCAGUGUGCAGUGUAUCCAAUGGCCGACCCCGCGCAGGUACAGGGAUUAAGCAGAUAAUUCAAACCUGGUAUAGUUAG